GUGCGAUAGGCAUAAGUCAUGUGAUUGGCAGGCGGAAGGCCCCGCGUCCUAUUUCCAUUGAGAAACGCUGUUUAGACGGCGAAAUCGUAAGGAUGGGAGGGGCCGUCGUGUAAGGAGAGAUCGCAGUCUCCGGUGGGAAGUAGGAUUUGCGUGAGGAACAAUUGUGAGCUGCGGUUGCAAGGCAGAGUUUGCGCCAUUGGGUGGAACUGAAAAUUAACUGGCUAACGGCUCAAGACCGAAAGCACUAGGAAUCCUCAGGAAGCCGGGUUUUGGUAACCUAACUCCCUAAAAUCACCAAUAAAAUAGCUGAAUUUAACGGCGUAAAAGUCGUAAUACUGAUGAUUGAACGACAGGACAACUUUCCAAUGGAAGUGAGUAAAGGCUAGGUUGGGUGGAGCGCUCUGUAGCGACAGACACACCUUUAGACCAAUGAUCAGGCCAAUUCCAGUAAGUAGGCAUGCUCUUUAGCUGAGCGACAGAUCGAAAGAACUAGUGAUCGACGUGAUAUCUGAGCCGCGACCAACCGGGAGGGCGGGUCCCCCUGGAGAAGGGCUGCGAGGCGGGAAGAGGGGAAGUGGGCGGAUCUCCGCACAUCCCGGCGGAAGAGGCAGAUUCAGGAAGCCAUUACGCAGCUGGCUGGCGGCAGCUGGGUCGGUCGGGGCUGGGCCCUACGCACUUUGCGUAGCAAGGGGGGUUACCAAAGGCCUGGUACUUGGCCUUGGACAAGGCCGGCCUAUCCCCUGUAGGGGGGGUGGGUGAGGAGAAAGGCUGAGGAAGGCGAGAAGGGGAAUUGGGGCAGUUAGGGGAUUAUAGUUUCUUUAAAAAGCAAGGUGGGGAGAGGCCAUGGCCGUCCCAGCCAAGAAAAGGAAAAUGAACUUUUCUGAGCGAGAGGUGGAGAUCAUCGUGGAGGAGUUGGAACUGAAGAAGCACCUGCUGGUGAACCACUUCAACGCUGGGGUCCCUCUGGCUGCCAAGAGCGCGGCAUGGCAUGGCAUCCUGAGAAGGGUCAACGCCGUGGCCACCUGCCGCAGGGAGCUGCCUGAGGUCAAGAAGAAGUGGUCUGACCUCAAGACCGAGGUCCGUCGCAAGGUUGCCCAGGUCCGGGCGGCUGUGGAGGGUGGCGAGGCCCCAGGGCCCACUGAGGAAGACGGAGCUGGUGGGCCUGGGACAGGUGGUGGCAGUGGCGCUGGUGGCCCAGCUGUAGCCCCCGUACUGCUCACCCCCAUGCAACAGCGCAUCUGCAACCUGCUGGGUGAGGCCACCAUCAUCAGCCUGCCCAGUACCACAGAGAUCCACCCCGUGGCCCUUGGACCCACGGCUACUGCAGCCGCAGCCACGGUCACCCUGACACAGAUCCCCGCAGAGACCACCUAUCACACGCUGGAGGAGGGAGUGGUAGAGUACUGCACGGCCGAGGCCCCCCCACCCCUGCCAGCGGAGGCCCCCGUGGAGAUGAUGGCCCAGCAUGCCGACACCUCAGUCAAGCCGCAGGCGCUCAAGAGCCGCAUAGCCCUCAACUCAGCCAAGCUGAUCCAGGAGCAGCGGGUCACCAACCUGCAUGUGAAGGAGAUUGCCCAGCACCUGGAGCAGCAGAAUGACUUGCUACAGAUGAUCCGUCGCUCCCAGGAGGUGCAGGCCUGUGCCCAAGAGCGCCAGGCUCAGGCCAUGGAGGGCACCCAGGCGGCCCUGAGUGUCCUCAUCCAGGUCCUCCGGCCCAUGAUCAAAGAUUUCCGCCGCUACCUGCAGAGCAACAUGCCCAACCCCACCACUGCCUCUGACCCUGGACAGGUGGCCCAGAAUGGGCAGCCGGACAGCAUCAUCCAGUGAGGGCAGGGGUCGAGCCAGCCUUCCGCUGUGAAUGGAUGACACCACAUGGUCUUGUAAGUGGGUUGUGUGGUUGGCCGCAGUCUAGGCCUGGCCAUGUGGACGGCUCCCAGUUUGAUAAACAUUUAGGGGUCCACGGUUUCCGAGAAAUGAAGCAGACUGGGAAGAAGAAUUUGUUGGGUUCCUGGGACCCAAACUCUCUUCCCCCUACCCCUUGAGCUGUCCUGCUAAGAACCUGAAGAUUGGAUAGGUGGGGGUCAGGUGCUGGUGAUGGGACCCAUAUUGUCAUGAGCCAGGGCUUGUGACAUGACCCAGACUUGGACUAGGACAACUGUCGGCCCUCACUGGGGACCAUCUCACAGCUUGGGGGUCUGUGCGGAAAUACCCGCCCCCCACCCAGGUGCCAUCCUUUGGAGUAAGAUAACAUCAGUGGUGCUGGCAGUAGCACAAAAACAUCUUCUUCCUCCCCUUGGGAGGCAGAGUGACAGCUGGGCCUGAGGAGGAAACUCCACCCUUUUCUCCUUCUCACUGUGCCUCAGUUCUCAGGGGACUCUAGUUAGUGCCGUGCUGUCCCCCCACCCCACUGCACCCGGGCACAGCAGGGGCCCUGUUAGUGCCCUGGGCUGCCCCUGCUGUACACCCAGGCUGCAGCCCGUCGGGCUCAGGAAUUCUGUGUGUGGUGGGGACAGCUUGGUCGCCAUCUGGUCUUCCACUGCGUCCCCAGGCAGCCCUCUGGUGGUUUGUCCCAACAGCUUUUGACUCAGGUCGAGUAUCAGGCUUUGGGUGCUGUAAAUUUUACUUAUUGCCCCACUGCAGUGGGUCUGAGGUGACCUGUUGGCUCCUUCCAGAAGGCUUGCUGCAAGCCGGUUGUAUUUAUUCUGUUCAUGAACCCCUCUGGGAAGGCUUCCGAGGGCAGCUCUGGCCACGCCCUUCCUCCUUUCCUCUCUACUGACUGUGCAUUUUCAAAACUCAGUGCAGAAAACAGCCUGCUCAGCAUCACACCCUGCUCAGCAUCACACCCUGGACUCCCUUCUCACAGUAUUCAGCGCCUUGUGUUCUUGUGAGACUCCCACUGACUGGUUAGGUGACUCUGAAGGCCUGAUUGGCCCUGAAUGUAUGCAGUGGGAGAAUUGAAACUGACCUAAGAAGUGGGACCUUGGACUUCUGUGCUCGGGGAAGAGCAGACCGACCUCGGAGUGCCGAAGGAGGUGGUGUUCACUGUUCUGUCUUGAUACUUCCUCCCCAUGUGUAAGGACUUUACCCAGAUGGCAUUUGUCUGUUUCAUUUUCAGAAUCGCCAUCAAUUACCGAGACCCUUGAAUCUUUCCCGAUCAUUUCCCAAGUUUGCCAUUUUGCUGCCGAGGCCUUGGCCACAUGUGACCGAUGGUUAAAACUCAAGGCUCCAGGGCUCCCCUGGUGGUGCAGUGGUUGAGAGUCUGCCUGCGAUGCAGGGGACACGGGUUCGUGCCCCGGUCCGGGAAGAUCCCACAUGCCGCGGAGCG